GAUCUUUGGAUACAAACACACAAUUGGUAGUUAUUUCUCGUGACCAAAAUGAACCGCACAUCUCUCCGACGUUGAUAAUCACAUCCACCACCGUCCACCGUCGUAGAUAAUCACAUCCACCACCGUCCACCGUCAUACUUCUACUGUCCUGCUGAAAGCUCGUGCCUUUUCGAUGCUACUUUCUCCACUCACUCGUAACUAGUGCUAUCCAAGCGAACCCCAAAAGUUGGGAGUUCAAACCCUAGGUGCAGCUGCUAUAAACAAGCUAACACAAGAUUCUUCACAUAAAGAAAAAAUGGCAGGUGAUCUUCCAAAUGUGUUGCUUCUUGGGCCACCGUCUGUUUUCAAAUCAUACGAGCGAGAGUUUUCCGAAAAAUUUUAUUUUCUCAAACCAUGGGAAUCUUCUAUUCCUCUCCGUCAAUUCCUUUCCACUCACGCAGGUUCCGUAAAAGCUGCAUUCUGUUCUGCUUCAUCCCGCGUUACCACUGGUGUCUUGCAGAACCUUCCAGAGCUUCGUUUUAUCGUGACCAGCAGCGUUGGAGUUGACCAUAUUGACCUCCAUGAGUGCAAACGACGUGGAGUCAAAGUUGCAAAUGCUGGCUCAAUUUUCUCUGAGGAUGUUGCUGAUGCAGCUGUCGGUUUGUUGAUUGAUGUGUUGAGAAGAAUUAGUGCUGCGAAUCGGUUCGUUAAGGCUGGGCUUUGGCACGAGAAUGGUGGUUAUCCACUUGGUCAUAAGUUAGGUGGCAAGCGAGUUGGGAUCAUUGGAAUGGGAAGUAUCGGGCUUGAUGUCGCAAAGAGGCUUAACGCGUUCGGUUGCAUCAUUUCAUACACCUCAAGAAACGAAAAACCACAUGUUAAGUUCCCUUUCUGUCCCAAUAUUCAAGAACUUGCAGCAAAAUCCGAGAUUCUCGUCAUCUGUUGUGCGUUAACUGACCAAACCCGUCACAUGAUCGACAAAAGUGUUAUGCUGGCUUUAGGAAGAGAUGGAAUUAUUGUGAACAUAGCCCGUGGAGCGAUCGUCAAUGAGAAAGAUCUUGUCGAGUGUUUACUACAACAGGAAAUCGCUGGUGUCGGUCUAGAUGUUUUCGAAAAUGAGCCUAAUGUCCCUGAAGAACUUUUAGAAUUAGAUAAUGUUGUUAUGACACCUCAUCAUGCAGUGAUGACCGAGCAAUCUUUGAGAGAUCUUUAUGAACUUGUGGUUAGGAAUUUGGAUGCUUUCUUCUCAAACAAACCAUUGAUGUUUGAGGUAACGCGCGUGUGAAUGUAUGGGUUCGGGAUAAUAUUUUCCAGGUUUUCGGGUGCAUCGCAAUAGGUUUCUGGAAACAGGUUUUCAGACUGUUUAUUAUCCGCUUCAUCUAUCAAACUAUAUUAUUUCUUCCUCAUCUGUAUACGAAUAUGACACAGAUCGGUUAUUUUUGGUUAUUAUUAUAAUGAAAUACAAGUAAAAACGUAACCAUCC